AUGUCACGCAAAAUUUUUUGGAAACCGCUAAAUUUAACACAAAAUCAACAGAUAUAUAUAGAAAAUACUAUAUAUAGAAAAGAAAAUAAGAAGGUCGUAAAAGUCAAAAAAUGUCAACUUGUGGACAUAGAAUCUAGUGACUUUGACCAAGUCAACGAUCAGCCCGCCUGCCUACGCUGCGCCUACCGGUGCGUGGCCGCCACUCAAAAACUCUUCAUCCUCGACGUCCAUCCGUGCCACAAGCGAUGUAUCCCGCCCACCACUGAUAAAAGUGAUUUGACUUCAACUGUUGAGUUUUUUUCAAAUAAGUACGACGAACUGAAGAGCCGGCUGGAUUCACGGGAUAAGGAAGUCGUUGAACUGUUGACACAAAAUAGAGUUCUUGAAGAAACUGUGAAGGAUCUUGGAUUUCGAUUGUCUAGCUUAGAACAGCACUCACGCGAGUGUAAUGUCGAAAUAAAUGGCUUGCCUGAGUUUAAAUCGGAAAAUUUGGUCCAAACUGUUUUACAGAUUGGUAAAACUGUUUCUCACACCAUCAAUGAUACAGAUGUUAUGUCUUGUUUUCGAGUUGCCAAGAAAGACAAUAAUAAUAAGCGCCCCCGAGAGGGCAGUGCAAAGACGGGAGGUAAA